AUGUUGGGCUGGCUCAUUGCCGUCUUCAGGGCUCUUUUCGGCGCGCGCAGUGAUCAUCCAACUGUGUCCCCGAUGCGCGAUCUGGCUUCCCUCGCUACUCUCGCGGACACGCCAGCCGUCAAGGGGAUUCUACGGGAUGCGGAAGCUCGUGGUGAUCAAGCCGCCCAAUCAGAUCAUUCGCAGAAAUGCGACCAUAGACGCAAAACUGCAAACGUAUCGCGUCCUACCCUAGAAGGGAGUCCAUCCACGUGGGGAUGGAAAGUUGAUGUUGCCGCGCAAUUCACUGUCAUCUGCAAUGGCCUCAACGACGCGAUUCACAGCACCGUGUUCGACCCAAAAGAGGUGAACGAUGGUCUUCAAAUGGUAGUUCAACGCCCCCCUCAUCGUUGGUACUUCUGCAGUCACCGCUGGGACCAUUACCACUAA